AUGCUGUGUACUUUUUCCCUGCAGGUGCCUCAGGAUGAGUGGGGGGGUUAUCCAGGGAUUGAGAAGGAGGAGGAGAUCCCAUGUCGUCGGAUGCGUAGCAGUAGUUACGUCAAAGCCAUGGGAGAUGAUGAUAGUGGUGAGUCUGAUACCAGCCCCACGACGUCACCUCAGAAGACUGUGCGGUCCGAUGCCCUUGUCCUCAAAUCAGCCAUGCAGAGGCCACAUAUAGACACCCAAAGCUCUGGCUACCACUUGCAAACAACGAGAGAUAUGCGCCCUCAUCCCAGCGUGUCUCUGGACCCAGCAACCAACUUCAACCUCCCACAGUUUCGCUCCAGAAACCAGAGCUACAUGCGUGCAGUCAGUACCUUCAGUCAGGCAAGCUGUGUCAGCCAGGUGAGUGAGACUGAGGUCAAUGGCCAGUUUGAGUCAGUUUGCGAGUCCGUUUUUAGCGAAGUAGAAUCCCAGGCCGUGGAGGCCUUGGACCUGCCCGGCUCUUUCCGCACUCGAAGCCACAGUUACCUGCGUGCAAUUCAGGCUGGGUAUUCCCAAGAUGACGACUGCUUGCCUUCAAUGACAUCCUCUACUGUUACUUCAACUCUCAGAUCCACAACAGGAAGACUUAAAAGCAGUAAUUUAAGUUACGUGAGUGAGACUGAGGUCAAUGGCCAGUUUGAGUCAGUUUGCGAGUCCGUUUUUAGCGAAGUAGAAUCCCAGGCCGUGGAGGCCUUGGACCUGCCCGGCUCUUUCCGCACUCGAAGCCACAGUUACCUGCGUGCAAUUCAGGCUGGGUAUUCCCAAGAUGACGACUGCUUGCCUUCAAUGACAUCCUCUACUGUUACUUCAACUCUCAGAUCCACAACAGAGGGGUAUGAUGCAAUGGAGGGCACCUCAUUGCUAAAUGAGGAUAUAAUUGAUGACGAUGAUGGCGCCAGCUCCUCGGCUUAUCAAGAAAUUGAGCGGUUUGAAAGAGAAAAUGCUGCGCGUAGUCAACACAGCACCAGUUCCACGGUCACGGCUGUCUCCAUUCCUCCUACCUCCACACAUGCCUACCAAGUCCCGUGUCCGCCCCCAUCCCAGCCCCCACCGGAUCCUCCCGUCCCGCAGGCUAUUCAGGCUUUCAAGGAGUCCGCAAACAUGGUGGCCGCCUUCAACAUGCAGUGGAAGGAGGAGAUUUCGGCAAUGCGCUAUGAGCUAGCGGAGCUGCGCAGGGACGUCUGCGGAGAGCUCAAGACUUUUAACAGCAACUUCUUUAAUUUCACGCAGUGCUACAACAUGUGGACAAUGUGCCGGGAGGCUGCCACUGGCACCAAUUCCAGCACCAGCGAAAGGGUGUCCGUUGGCGUCCAGACUGGCGCUAACGGCCUGGUGAGACAAAACACUGCAGACGCCUCAGUAAUGUGCCAGCCCGAACCGGCUGCCUUCAACAUUUUCGACUUGAUGGAGCCUCCACGCAUCAAGAUCACAGAGGGAACUCCUGAAGGAACCACGGCCACCAACAGCCCAACCAGUCCUACCAGUCCAGGUAGAGCCACCACUGGCCCAUCGCUGUCCAAGCCAUUGGGAAGGUCCAAAUUGGACACUGGCAAGAAGAAGAAGAGCUGCAGUCGAGCGGACGGUCAAAGAAGUGCCAGCCUUGAACUCUGGUGCAGAAAGUACACUAGUGGACCAAUGUCCUACUUAUCUCUAUCCUUCUGA